UCUGCAGAAUCACAUACUCCUAUUCGCUACAUUUUUAGUUGAGAAUGUUUCUUAUUGGUUACAGAAACAAGUGAUAAAAUAAGCGGGGAUUCGGUCAAACUUAUCAUUUUUACGGGACCACAGAUUUUCAUAUUUGGAAGAAUUGGUUGGAAAACAAUAAAUGACGUCAAAAGAAGUCGCGUGAUCAUUCUCGAGGCUACGGACUGGCCAGAAGUAUCUCAUAUAACAGUGGUGUUUGUCAAAAAUUCAAUAUAUAUCUAUGAUUCGUUUUCAUCUUAAAAUAAAUAUCGUUCUUUCAGCAUAUCAAUUCUUUUUCAAAAUGAUAUGUCUUAUGUAUAAAACGAGAGUAUUUUUUAACACAGUGAAACGUCAUUUGAUAUUCGUUUUAUAAAAGAAAACGGAGCCACACGAUGAGAGUUACUGCUGACAAGAUUUCCCCGCGCCACGAUCUGUACGUAAUAAUAAUCGCUGUAAAAUUCAAGGGAUAUGCAUUGCGUUGCGCGGUGCGUACUAAAGUCUGGACUUCUCCGGUGAACAGUAGAUGCGCAUAGUUCUCCUGAAGAAGAAUCUUCUCUCUCUCUCUCUCUCCCACAUUGGUGAGAUAGCUCGCGGUCGCGACUCCCUGUUGCAGCACUUUCGUCAAAUCUCACCGUUUCAGUAGUUCUGCGAUAAUAAAUAUAUAACAUCAUAUACUAAAUUUAACGUACGAUGACAUUCUGUAAAUAUGAAUUAUAGGAUGAGGCCGCAGUGACAGUGAACUUAACACGACGAACUUCUAAUGCGUGUUUAAUAAGUGACAUACGUGGAGUGUUUUGGUUUAGUGAAAUUAAGAUUUCAGUGUUCCUUUUCUUAAUAAACAGAAGUUACUGAAACAUCUGUACAAGUCUACUGAGGCUGAAAGAAGAUCUACAUGGUGUCGUAGGAUGACUGAUCCAAAAAUCAAAAUGCAUUACACACCACCGAGCUCGGACACCAUUCAAACAAAGCCUUUUCCUAUUCGUGGCGAACGAGCGAAUUGUGUAAAUAAGCCGCAUGUGAUUGCUAUGGUGGGGUUGCCUGCCCGUGGUAAAACGUACAUUUCAAAGAAGCUGUGUAGAUACCUCAAUUGGAUUGGUAUAAAUACAAAGGUGUUCAACUUGGGAGAAUACAGGCGACAUGCAACCACUGCUUAUCAAUGCCACGAAUUUUUCCGUCCUGAUAAUAUUAAAGCAAUGGCAAUACGUACCCAGUGCGCGAUGGACGCGCUUAAGGACGUCUGCCAAUGGUUGGAGAGCGGGGACGGCGAAGUGGCUGUGUUCGACGCCACCAACUCGACCAUCGAGAGACGACAACUAAUCAGGGACAUCGUGGUCGAGAAAAUGGGCUUCAAGCUCUUCUUUGUCGAAUCUGUUUGCAACGAUCCUGAGAUCGUUGAACAGAAUAUUAUGGAAGUAAAAGUGAGUAGUCCAGAUUAUACGAAUAUGAACAAGGAGGAAGUACUGGCUGAUUUCAUGCUGCGAAUCGAGCACUAUCGAGAAAAGUAUCAGCCAUUGGACGAGAAUCAGGAAAGCGAUUUAUCCUUUAUGAAAAUUUACAACACUGGCGAAAAAGUGCUGGUCCAUAAGCACGAGGGUCACAUACAAAGUAGGAUAGUUUAUUACCUUAUGAACAUCCAUAUAGUGCCACGUACGAUCUAUUUAACUAGGCACGGCGAGAGCGUGAUGAACCUCGAAGGUAAGAUAGGCGGAGACUCGGAGUUGAGCGUUAGGGGCUGGGAAUAUGCCAAAGCAUUGGCUAACUACAUCACUGGUCAGGAUAUUCAGGGAUUGCGAGUGUGGACUAGCUGGCUGAAGAGGACCAUUCAAACGGCAAGUGACGUGAAUGUGCCCCAAGAAAGAUGGAAAGCGUUAAAUGAGAUUGACGCGGGUAUUUGUGAAGAAAUGUCUUAUGAAGAAAUCGCAGAAAAGUAUCCGACAGACUUUGCCGCGAGAGAUCAAAAUAAAUUCUCAUAUCGUUAUCCGAGAGGGGAAAGUUACGAAGAUCUGGUCGCGCGAUUGGAACCAGUGAUAAUGGAAUUAGAACGACAGGGUAAUGUUUUGGUUGUUAGCCACCAAGCAGUUUUGCGAUGUCUAUUUGCUUACUUCCUAGACAAAAGUGCGGAUGAAUUACCAUAUUUACAAGUGCCACUACAUACUAUUAUUAAAUUAACGCCAGUUGCCUAUGGCUGUAAAGUGGAACACAUUCGAUUACCAAUCGACGCAGUGAACACUCAUCGACCAAAACCAAAGAUCCCGGGAUAUCUAGAGGAACAAUUCCGAAGGAAAGAAAAAUUGCCUCGCACCUGAUAACGACAACAUUGUAGCACGACAGAGCUAAUUCUAAUCGUCGUUACGAGGUGCUGAAGACGCAUUCUUUUGGCAGCUGGCUGCCUUUAUACGUCCGAUGCAACGUGCAUCCAUUUAAUUCCUUAUUUUAAUCAAAUAUACACGAAAUAUGUCUGAUAUCAUCCGACAUUAUUUCUAUACGAAUUACGUGAUCAAAGGGUUCCUUUCUAUUCUGUCGAUUUUCUAAUACGUGCCGUAUGCUAGUGUAGCGUUAAAAUGUGACAAAUUUUGACUUGUGACGAAAUACAGAUGUUUGUAUGUAAUCGAAAUCACGGAGAGAAUCCUAUGAAACUUAAAUGCAUAUGUAACCACAUACGUAAAUUUGUUCUGAUACUGAGUUUCCUGAUAUCUAAAAUGCUAUAUCUAUAUUUUGAGUAUUAUAUUUAAAAAAUGGUAUCGCAUUAAACAUGUUUAACUUCUCGAUUUGUUAUAUAUUUCGUGUUGUUUGUAAAUCGUCGAUAGGAAAGAAAAAAAAAUCAAUCCCCGCAGGUAUUUCUAACAUACAUAGUGGUUAUAUAAUGACGUUUAUGUAUUUUAUAGAAAUGUUUUAUUAAUACUAACAUAUUCUGGCGAUUAUGAACUUAUCAAAUUGCAUAUAUUAUCGAUUAGGAAACAGCUGUCUUUAAUCUUCUACGGAAACUAUCGUGCCGAGCGAGAAUCAUGUUAUAUUUCAAAAAUUUAUCUCAUAUGAUAAUCUAGUUACUGGUAUUAGGAAAUAGAUUCCAAAAUAUUUUUGUCAAGAAGAUUAUGCUGUGUGGAAAAUCAAGAACUUUUCGAAGUGUAAUUUAUUUUAAGAGAAGUGUACAUAUUUUUUUAAUACCCUUCACGAUGAGAAAAAAUACAUUUACUUGAAAACAAUA